ACAACCUAGAUUUCGAUCUCAUUUCCAAAGCCAAGGGGUUUUCUCGAGUCUUUGUGAAGAUCCUAAUACGAGGUCUUGAAUUUGGAAAUAUCUGUUGGGCUUAAUUGACCUGAUCGAGAAUGAAUCCUUAUCUUGUCGGUAUCGUUGUUCCCUUUGUGUUCUCCUAUAUUCUUAGUAAAAAGAGUUCAAAACAGCGAGGUUUGCCUGUUGAUGUCGGUGGAGAACCUGGGUAUGCUAUUCGAAACUAUCGGUUCACCUCGCCCAUCGAAACACAAUGGGAAGAAGUUACAACACUUGCCGAGCUAUUUAAGCUUGCUUGCAAGAAUUUUGCUACCAAACGAAUGCUUGGUACCCGUAAGCUUAUCUCCAGUGAAAUUGAAGUCACAGCAGAUGGAAGGUCUUUUGAGAAAUUUCAUUUCGGGAAGUAUGAAUGGUUGAGUUAUAAUCAAGCUUAUGAUGCUGUUUGCAACUUUGCUUCUGGAAUUGUGCAAAGAGUUGCGAUAUUUGCUGAUACGCGAGCAGAGUGGAUGAUCGCUUUACAGGGUUGUCUCAGAAGAAACAUCACAAUCGUCACUAUAUAUGCUUCUUGUCACUCUUUAAAUGAGACUGAAGUUUCAACUGUGGUUUGUGGACAUAAAGAAUUAAUAAAACUCAUUGGAAGUGUAGGGAGGAUAGGCCGGGAAAAUCCUGUUGCUGCUGAAAUGCCUGUUUCAGCUGAUAUUGCAGUUAUCAUGUAUACCAGCGGAAGCACUGGUUUGCCUAAGGGAGUCAUGAUGACACAUGGUAAUAUCCUAUCAACACUCUCUGCGGUCAUGACUAUUGUCCCUGGGCUUGGUAGAAAAGAUGUUUAUCUGGCAUACUUGCCUCUAGCUCAUGUUCUUGAGUUAGCUGCAGAGUCUUUGAUGGUUGCUGUAGGAAUAAGUAUAGGAUACGGAUCACCAUUGACUCUCACUGAUACAUCUAACAAGAUAAAAAAGGGAACAAAAGGUGAUGCUUCAGUCUUGAGACCAACACUAAUGGUUGCUGUCCCUGCUAUCCUUGACCGUGUCCGAGACGGUGUGAGGAAAAAGGUAGAUGCAAAAGGUGGACUAUCAAGAAAAUUGUUUGACAUUGCAUAUGGACGUAGGUUAGCUGCGAUUAAUGGAAGUUGGUUUGGAGCAUGGGGCUUGGAGAAAAUGCUAUGGGAUUUUCUCGUGUUUAGGAAAGUUCGAGCAGUUUUGGGAGGUCAUAUUCGUUUUCUUCUGUCUGGAGGGGCUCCUCUUUCUGGAGAUACACAAAGAUUCAUUAACAUAUGCCUUGGGCCAAUUGGGCAAGGAUAUGGUCUAACUGAAACUUGUGCUGGUGGAACAUUUUCUGAAUAUGAUGAUACAACUGUGGGUCGUGUUGGUGCUCCUCUCCCCUGCUCAUUUUUAAAGUUGAUUGAUUGGCCAGAAGGUGGGUACUUAACUAUGGAAACACCUAGAUUCAGUGCAUUUCUGCAGCUAUAG